GAAGAACGCGUGAGGAAAUUCAAGCGUGAUUUAGUUCAGAAAAUCGAGAAACAGCAUUAAAGUUUACGAGACAUAUCAUGUUUUAUGUCACUUUCCGUUCGGAAGAGAUUUAGAGGAUUUGCUUUCUUUAUAGAGGAGCUUACGGGAUUCAGAAGUGGGUUAUAACAAGAUUUGAUUUCACUGUACCUCUUUAUCAGAUACACCUUUACAUGCGGAUUCACUAUUGGAAUGUUUAUUUUUUAAUUUCCCGGAUGUUUGAAACAUCGAAGUUUUGUGAGUAUAUACAAUGGGAGAUUGCAAUGAACUGCUCGGGGCUUCAGAGUUGAUCAAAGAUCGUCUAUAUUUCGCUACACUCAGAAGCAAACCCAAGAGCACAGCAAACACACAUUUCUUCUGUACAGAUGAUGAAUUUAUUUAUGAAAACUUUUAUGCAGAUUUUGGACCCCUUAAUCUAGCAAUGCUGUACAGAUAUUGCUGCAAACUGAACAAAAAACUAAAGUCUUUUACUCUAUCCAGAAAGCGUAUCAUCCACUACACCAGUUAUGAUCAACGAAAAAGAGCCAAUGCUGCUGUUCUUAUUGGUGCUUAUGCAGUAAUCUACUUAAAGAGAACUCCAGAGGAGGUGUAUCGGGCUCUGAUCUCUGGAACCAAUGUGUCAUACCUGCCUUUCAGAGAUGCUGCUUUUGGCAACUGCACAUAUAAUUUAUCCAUUUUAGACUGUUUACAAGGAAUCCGCAAGGCCCUACAGCACGGCUUCUUUGACUUUGAGAAUUUUGAUGUUGAAGAAUAUGAACAUUAUGAGCGUGUGGAAAACGGUGACUUUAACUGGAUUGUGCCAGGAAAACUGUUGGCCUUCAGUGGACCUCAUCCCAAGAGUAAAAUUGAAAAUGGUUACCCUUUGCACGGUCCUGAAGCAUACUUCCCCUACUUCCGCCAACACAAUGUAAUGGAUGUUGUGCGCUUGAACAAGAAAAUCUAUGAAGGUCGCCGCUUCACAGAUGCUGGGUUUGAGCAUCACGACCUGUUCUUUGUAGACGGCACCACACCUAGUGAUCUGAUCACAAGACGCUUUCUGCACAUCUGUGAGAGUGCAAAGGGUGCUGUGGCUGUCCACUGCAAGGCGGGGCUUGGUAGGACGGGCACUUUGAUAGGCUGCUACCUGAUGAAGCAUUAUCGUUUCACAGCACCUGAGGCAAUCGCCUGGAUACGCAUCUGCAGGCCCGGCUCCAUCAUUGGACCGCAGCAGCACUUUCUCGAACAGAAACAACACAGUAUGUGGGUACAAGGCGACCUUUAUCGUUCACAGCAAAAACAACAGCAGCUGAGACAAAGUCGGCAACAAGAGAGAAACAUGUCCUGUCUCAUCUCCAGCAUGGAUGACAUUUCCAUCGACAGUGCCAGUCUUAAGACACAGAGUGUGGAUGAGAAUGAGUUCAGAGAAGAGGACAUGAUACAGACUCAAGGGGACAAACUACUAGCAUUAAAGGGCCAACGCCAUCCCAGACCUUCCAUCACAGCCAAUAGUGUGAUAAAUCCAGCUCAGAGCACCAUUUCACCUCCCAAAUCUUCCAAUGCUCCUCUAUUCCACUCCUCCUCGCCUGCACGGAGACUAGCACGCAGCCCUUCCUCAUCUGCUGGUAACCUUAAAAGCUUCACUCCACGAUUAGCUCACUCACUCGGCAACCUGUAUGAUGAAAGCAACUUCCUCGAAGAUGCCAACAGCACACCCCAAUCCUCCUUCACUCCCUCCCCAUCUCCUGGCCUAACCCCAUGCCCCCCAGCUCCUCCAUCAGGAUUCAGCUUUGGCUACCCUGCUUCUGACCCUCGACUGCCUCCCUCCCACCUAAACUACAGUCAAGAGGUUGACACGAACGUCAACACCCUCCCUGGAGCUAACAGCAUUAGUGCUAGCCAUACAGUCAGGCCUGUAAACAGAACUGGCUACAGUCUGUUCUCCAGGAACCGUCCGAGCCCUCGUAGAGGUCCAGUACGUGCUGGACUCAGUGGGUUUCCAGCACGCUACCUCAGCAGAUCCAUUCCAUCCCUUCAGUCUGAAUAUGCUCAGUACUAAGGCAAAGGAUAUCCACUGAUGGCCAUCACAGCUGAUCCGCCCUGGCAUGGCUGAUCUGACGGAUGGAUCUUUAAUUUCUU